AUGACCGACUCUGAAUUCAACCGUCGUCCAGGAGGCUACCGUUUCCCUGCAUUCACCAGCCCCGCUCACACCUGGUCCAGCGUCGUGCAGGAAUGGGCCGACCGAAAAAGGAUCCACAUUGAUUUCCGUAUCUAUGAAUCGGGCCCCCCUCAUGCCCUCACCUUUACUGCAAUCCCUUCCAUCAAUGGAGUUCUUCAUCCCGAGUACCAAGGCGUUGGUUCGAACGUCCGGGUAGCAAAAAACCAAGCGAGCGAACGUAUUGGCCACUCUGGUCACUGUUGUCUGACUCGCAUAUACGUAGUGAAUAAUACUGUCACCGGUGGAGCCCCCACCACUUGA